AUGCCAUCGAUCAUUGGAACCAAAAUGCUAUUUCUUCACCUGCUUCCCCUUCUUUUUGUAUUCGGUCUUCAGAACCUCACCACCACUAACAUCCCUCCACAACCUCCACCGUUGCACCGUCCUGAUGUGGGUAGGGAACUCAUCAACUCUGUAACAGGAACAACAACGGAGCACCAUCCUCCUACGUAUUUCUCCUUUGACGUGGCUCAUCAAUCUAUAAGAAUAGGAGAUGUUUCUGAAGUAGCUUCUUUUCCAAUCUACACGGUGGAACCCGAUAAUAACUCCAUUGAUAUUGAAUCUGUACAGGAUUGUGACUGGAUGAACAAGAAAUCAGAUACAAGACCUACAUCACAUAAAAAGAAAAAACCUCUGUGA